UUGUGGUCGACUCAGUCUGUGCAUCUGACAGGACUGUUGGGGGGGAAAGAGUGAAAGAAAGUGCCAGAUUUGUUUGGACCUUUUCUGUUCUUUUGAAGAGAUGUCGAGGUACCACAAAGCAGCGAUUGAUGGAAACUUGGACCUCUUGAAGGAGGCCACGAGGAAGGACCUGAACACUGCGGACGAGGAUGGCAUGACUCCCACCUUACUGGCUGCUUUCCACGGACAUGUCGAUGCUCUUCAGCUCAUAUGCAGCAGAGAAGGAGACCCCAACAGGAGUGACAUCUGGGGAAACACACCAUUGCACCACGCUGCAGCCAAUGGCCACAUGCACAUCCUCAGCUUUCUGGUCAACUUUGGUGCCAACCUUUUUGCACUGGACAAUGAACACCACACAGCAAUGGAUGUCGCUGCCUCUCGUGACCGCAUGGACUGCGUGCGGUUCCUGGAUGUUGCCGCCUCACAGCAGACCAACCAAAAUCCCAAGAAGGUUGCCAAUCUAAAGAAGGAGGCCGUCAAAGAAGCGGAGAAGCGUGUGAAACUCUGUGAGAAGGUGAAGAAGAAACACCAGAGCAAGAUGGAUAAAAUGCAGCGUGGAGCUGGCAAUACUGGGCCUGUCUCAGAGGCCAGCUUGGCGUCAGCACUCUCAGAUGGUGGCAACAUGUCCGGUGUUAAUGAGCAGUUCUCCAAGCUUAUUGCUGCUGAUAAAUCUGGCUCCCUUACAGCCAGGGUUAAAGGCACGCUCCAGAAGAAACUUGGGAAGAAAGAUAAAGGCACGCUGCAGAGCGCAGGAGGAGAUGGGAAUGUUAUUUUCCUCAAACAGGAGAGUGUAGCGUCAGAACAGCCGGAGUUUCUGGGUGUCUUCAAUGAGCAGGAUGAGAGCAUGUUAGAUGAAGAAGGAAUGGCAGACUUCGACGACUAUGACAAUGAUGAACCAGGCCAAGUCAAACAGUCUAUCUUCAACCGGCCCGGCCUUGGAGGUCUGAUUUUCAUGAAGAAGAUGGGGCUGGAGUCGGAGGACAUCCCCAGCGGAACCAACGAAAGUCUCGGCUACCUCGUUCAGAACGAGUUAUUUGAGGCAGAGGAGGAUACCGCCGGCUUCGAGGGGAACGGUGACACCGAUUUGCCCUGGGAUCAGGAAGAUCUGGGACUGGAUGAUGAUGAUGAUGAGGAAACCUCUCCUCUGGAUGUGUUCUUAUCUGCCAUCUCCUUGCCAGAGUUUGCUCUUGCAUUCAGCAGAGAGCACCUAGACCUGGAGGCGCUGAUGCUCUGCUCUGAUGAAGACCUAAAAGGCAUUCGCAUCCAGCUGGGACCAAGGAAGAAGAUCCUGGAAGCUGUUGCUCGCAGAAAGAACGCACUGGAGACACCUGGCAAGAUAAAGGACAGCUGUUUGUGAUCUAAAAAACACAUGGACAGUGGUAUAUAAUCCCAUUAAUGCAACAGUUCCAACCAAUUUAAUUGGACUGACGGCAUUCAAUGAGCGCCGAUAUAGAGUAUAACCGUACUAGAACUUUAACUAUGUGUGUAUUACUCCCCUUUACAAUUGUUCUAAACCCUUAAUUAAAUCAACCAUUACCAGACCUUGCACCACAAAGGUAAACAUAUCUCCACAAACAGCAUUUGGGUUAAAUUAUAAAUGGUCGUCAGAAGAGGACAAAAGGGAGGGAAAGAAACAUGGAUACUUCACUGCAAACCUCCAGGAUGCAAGUGUGCAUGAAGGUUUAUGUGUUGCUUAACAACAGUCCAGUCCCAGUACAGCUGCAGAACUAUUUGUGUUGGCGGAGCGAAAUAAAUAUGUAAAUAAACAUCUAUCCAUUUUCGUAACCACUUAUCCUCUUGAGGGUUGCAGGGGGCUGGAGCCUAUCCCAGCUGACACUGGGCAAGAGGCAGGGUACACCCUGGACAG